UUUUUUUCCUUUUGCCAAAUUUACCUUUCCCAGUUUCCCUUUCCCUCUUCUCUCUCUCUCUUUCUCCAGCUUGUGGUGUGGACUGCAGUGUGAGAGCUGUGGAACCCUUCCUCGCUGUCUGUCUGGCUGGCGAUCUAAAGGUCUGGACUUGUCGCAAGAGCCCAAGUUGAGGAGAUCUAUCAACUCAUGAUGAAGAAGGAGAUGUUUGUGACUUCUUACAGUGGAUGCUGCGUAUCAUAAUUGAGCAAUAAGUACUUAAGUUGCAUUUCCUAGUUAGAUAAGAAGUAUUAUACAAAUAUCGAUGGCUUCAAAGACUACAUCACAAGCCAAUGCUAAGCUCCAAACAGAAUCUUCUGGGAAUCCCAAAGUAGAGCCAAAUUCUUUUAGAUCUUCCCAGAUUCUGAGGCAAAGCAAAUCAGAUUGCAGUACUGCCAAAACAAUGGUAGAGAUAAAUCAGAAUGUGUCAAAAUAUGCUCUGAAUGGCCUAACGAAAGAUAGUAAAUCAGAUCACCAUCAGAAGGAAUCUUUUGAAAAUUCAACAGACAAGGUUCCUACUGAGGUUCCCUUGUCCUCUGAAACUUGUGAUAAGCUCCCUUCAGAUACUCGGAAGCAAUCACUGGAGCAAGGAGAUGCUGGGGAAAAUGGAACCACAAUUGGAGAUGGUAAUGGAGAUCAAGCCAAGAAAUCCGAACAGAGUGGAAAUAAUAACUUUGUAUCUGCUAAAUUUAGUGAUGAAAACAGUAGUGUGACAGCUGACUUUGUUGAGAGCGGAAAAAGUAGCAUGUGCCGACCUAGUACAAAUAGUGAUGUGAGUGAUGAAAGCUCCUGUAGCAGUUUGAGUAAUAGUAUAACCAAACCUCAUAAAUCAAAUGAUUCAAGAGUUGAAGCCAUUAGAAAGAUUCGUACAAAAGAUGGUGUUUUAGGUUUAAAUCAUUUUAGGCUAUUGAAGAAGUUAGGUUGUGGUGAUAUCGGCAGUGUGUAUCUAUCAGAAUUAAGUGGGACAAAAAGCUACUUUGCGAUGAAGGUUAUGGAUAAGGGAUUGCUGGCUAGCCGUAAAAAGCUUCUUAGAGCUCAGACAGAGAGGGAGAUAUUACAAUGUCUGGAUCAUCCAUUUCUUCCUACACUUUAUACCCACUUUGAAACAGAUAAAUUCUCAUGUUUGGUGAUGGAGUUCUGCCCUGGAGGUGAUCUGCACACACUUCGUCAAAGGCAACCUGGGAAACAUUUCUCAGAACAAGCUGUGAAGUUUUUUGUUGCUGAAAUCCUUCUGGCAUUGGAAUACCUACACAUGCUUGGAAUUAUAUACCGGGACCUGAAACCAGAAAAUGUCCUUGUUCGCGAGGAUGGCCACAUUAUGCUUACUGACUUUGACCUCUCUCUCCGCUGUGCAGUAAACCCGACACUAAUCAAGUCCUCAAACCCAGAUCCUGCAUCAGCUAGAAGGAACAACACUACUUACUGCAUUCAGCCUGCUUGCAUUGAGCCAUCCUGUAUUCAGCCCUCUUGUGUGGUGCCUACAACUUGCUUUGGUCCACGGUUUUUUUCUAAAUCGAAGUCCAAGGAGAGGAAAGCGAAGUCAGAAAUAGGAAACCAGGUGAACCCGUUGCCCGAGCUCAUAGCAGAGCCUACAGAUGCUCGUUCCAUGUCUUUCGUUGGCACACACGAGUACUUAGCACCGGAGAUAAUAAAAGGCAACGGCCACGGGAGUGCAGUUGAUUGGUGGACGUUUGGCAUCUUCAUGUAUGAACUAUUAUUUGGGAAGACGCCAUUCAAGGGAUCAGGUACCAGGGCAACAUUGUUCAAUGUUGUUGGCCAGCCGUUGCGCUUCCCAGAGUCCCCAACGGUGAGCUUUGCUGCCAGAGAUCUGAUGAGGGGACUACUUGUUAAGGAACCUCAGCACCGACUUGGGUACAAACGCGGGGCUUCAGAGAUAAAGCAACACACUUUCUUCGAGGGAGUCAACUGGGCACUUAUACGAUGUGCAAGCCCUCCUGAGAUUCCAAAACCUUUUGACAUGGAACGACUCGCAAAGCCUGCUGUAUCAGCAAGUGAAAAAGCCACGACAACUGUGAACCAGAAAGGUUCGAACGACUAUCUAGAAUUUGAUUUCUUUUAGUCAAUUCUCCUCUUGAUCAACCAGUUGAAAUUGUAGAAUCUGUGGGAAGUUGUAUGGGGAAUGCAUUUUUGUUUUACCCAGUAGAAUCUCAGUGAAGUUCUGUUCCAGGCAUGUAUUCCUUAAGGAUUAUCACUGCAUCUCCUGUUUGGAAAUGCACCAUCAACUCCAGAUAUGUAUUCCUCGAGGAUCAUCCAAUAUAUCCUCUUUGUUCUUUAUCAAUGCUAGAUUUUGUCCAUCUA